CUUGCUUGCUAGCUAGUAGUCCAUGUUAAUUAGAUUAACUCUCAUCAAUCAGUUCAAAUCAUCAAAUGGGUUCUUCUCACGUAGCCUUCUUUGCCAUUUCAAUGAUUUUGGUUUCCUCAAUUGCCAUGGCAACUGAUCAUGUUGUGGGUGAUGACAAGGGCUGGACUGUGGACUUCAACUACACUCAAUGGACUCAGGACAAGGUUUUCCAUGUCGGUGACAACCUUGUGUUCAAUUAUGACAAUGCGAAGCACAAUGUGUUCAAAGUGAGUGGAGCAUCUUUCAAAGACUGCACCCUUCCACCCGCAAAUGAAGCACUCUCCACUGGAAAGGACAUCAUUCCACUGACAACUGAAGGAAGAAAAUGGUACCUUUGUGGAAAAGCUGAUCACUGCAUUGCUCGUCAAAUGAAGUUUGUGAUCAAUGUUGAAGCACAAGCUGCACCUGCCCCUUCUUCUGCUGCUUACUCUGUUCUAUCAUCUGUGUUUGGUGUCACUGUCAUCAUCAUGUCACUCAUUACAACUAUCUUUGCAUGAGAUCAUGAGACAAUGCUACUUUUCUCUAGCUUUAUUUUCUUUUAGAAGAACAAGAGUUAAUUUAUGCUAACUCA